AUGGCAGCCCUGACCCUGGAGAAAGCAGUGCACCUGUCAACCACCGAGAGACUGACCUGGCGUCGCAGACCACAAAAACGACCAGCUCCAACAGUGCCAAUAACCUGGGAUGACCUUGAGUAUCUCACUUCACAACCUGGCUUCUGUGGGUGGUGGGCACUGGUGCCUGGAUUUAUCUUCACUGACCAGGCUUUUGGUCAUCAUGAGUCUUUCUCCUCAGGGUUCUUCUUGUUCCAGAGGACCUGGGCACAACUGGGGGAUUCUGACAAGCCCACACUGACUGCCUGGCCAAGUCUCAUGGUUUCCAUUGGAGACACUGUGACUCUUCAGUGUCAAUCUCAACUUGGGUUUGAAAUAUUCCGUCUGUUCAAGGAAGACGGAGCCCACAUUUCUGAGUCCCACAGCAUCAUAUUCCAGCACAGCUUUGACAUGGGCCCUGUGACUCCAGCACAUGCGGGGACCUACAGAUGUCAAGGGUUUUACUCUAACUCCCCUUAUGGAUUGUCAUCACCCAGUGACCCCCUGAAGAUCAUAGUCACAGGACUGUACAGCAAGCCCUCCCUCUCGGCCCUACCAGCUGCCCCAGUGAAAUCAGGAGGGAUGAUGACAUUGCAGUGUUGUUCAGAGACUGUGUUUGAGGUCUUCCUUCUGGUUCUGCACAGACAGGGGGUAAACAAGGAGGACUUCCUGCUUGUUUUGGGGGAGCCUUAUGAUGGGUGCUCUCAGGUCAACAUCUCCAGAGCUCCUGUGACUGCUGCACAUGCUGGGACCUACAGAUGCUAUGGCUCUUUCAGUCACCAGCCCUACGUGUGGUCAGAUCCCAGUGACCCCCUGGACAUGGUGGUCACAGGUCCUGAUGACACGAGCUCUUCCCACCCUUUGACUUUCACCCUAGGCAUCAGCUCCACCCAUCCCUUGAAUUUCACUCCAGGUACUGUUUUCCAGGAUUACACCUUGGGAAAUUCCAUCAGGAUGGGCGUGGCAGGACUGCUUGUCCUGACUCUGUUGAUGAUGCUGGCUGAGGCCUGGUGGAACCCUGGGGGACACAGGUUGAGAUGA